CUAAACCAUUGGUAUAAAGUGAAGGGUCUAAAGAAAAAAAAAAAAAAAAAAAAAAAAAAAAAAUUGUAAAAUGUCAUUGGGCCAGACAGUGGGCUGCUCAGAGUUUGUAAACCCAGAAACUGCCAUAUGGACCGACAAGAGAAGACAUGCUCUCCGAAUACACACGCCCUAGCAGAGCAGGCCCGUUAAAUUCCCAAAUUCUUAUAUUUACGACGAAAGAUGUUGACUGUCUCUCUCUUGUCCCAUGACCAAUGCUUCCAUUGAAGACGCGAAAGAGAAAUCCUCACACGACCUAAGUCUCCUGACUCUCCUCCAACCGCUAUCCCCGGACAAAGCAGGGGUAUAGGGCGGACUCUAUGCCUCCCAAGACCGGAAAAAAUUCCUCAGUUGCAGAUACAAAACCACACAUAACCAAAUAUGCUUAUGCACAAUCAUCCUUUUCCUAAACUCCCCUUAAAUUAAGCUGGUACGACAAAGUCCAGCUUAAAGCAACAACAAAUUCAGUAAGUCAUUCACUUAUUGAUACCAACCAAUUUUCAGCCCUUUCAAAAAUACCCCAACAUGUCAUUGACCUGUGUCCAGUUCAAUAUGAUCCCAUCCAAUCUUACUUACAGUCCCAACAACCAAUUUUUCCUCCUUCAGAAAAAACUUAUGCUGAAAUUUAUUCAGCAUCAGACAAACAGAUUUCCUCCAGCAACCUCAAGCAACAAGUGGUGGUGAAUAAUCCCACUCCCAAAAAAUCUUGUUAUUUUCAAAAACCAAAUUCAACAACCAUUUGUGUGGUUGAAAAACAGCUUUUUAACAAAAAUCCAAUUUUACUUUCUCAAAAUCAUUUUGUCAAAGGAUUUCAAUAUCCUUCAUCGGAUUUUAGAAAAACACAAAAUUUUUAUGAGUUUAUUUUAGUGGACACGGAUUCCAUUAAAAUUCGUACUUAUUCAAAACCCGGUGAUGAGUCUUUCAUAUCUCACACCACUUGUACAAUUCAGAAGGUUCUUACUCCAGCAGCCUGGGGUAAAACCAUCAAUGCUCCGAGGCAAUUUUCUAGACCUCGCGAUCCUCAAACUUUCAAUUAUUGGGAUUAUCAAAAAGCCUGGUACAAUACCUUUUAUUUUCAAAACCAGGAUUAUAGCCAUUCAUGGCUUAUCCUUUUUCAAAAGAACUUCAAUAUGGAUGUCCCCAGGUGGUUUUUUGACUGGUGGCAACUAUUUGGUCCUUGCAAAGAAAUCAUCCCUGAUUUUAUGUCUAAGGGAUUUUCAAUCUUCCAAGAAAAAUUCCAAGCUCCUUCUGAGCUUUUGGAAUUUCCAAAAUUAUUCUUAUUUUUUGCAAAUUUCGCAUUGUCAUGGAUUGUUCAAUGGCAAUUCCAAAUUCUCAUUUCUCCCUCAAAUCUUCCUCUUCUAGGAAGAAUUUUCAAAGUUAAAUGGUGGGACCAAUUUUCCAUAAAAAAUGUUACUCCAGAAGCCAUCUCGGAAUGGUUUUCCAAACAUCCGGCCAUUUCUUGCUCUGGUUUGGGAGAAUCCUCAACUUUCCUCCUAUUUAAAAGCCAGACCCAAGGAAGACUUUCUUCAGCAAGAUCCAAAGAUGAGUAUGAAGCUUUCCUUUUGGAUGCUUUAGCUCAGGUCAAUCCCAUAGCCUUCUCACAAAUGGGUUCCAACAGGAGUGAUGGUGGUGCUUCAUCCUUUCAUGGUUUGCAAACAGAUCAAGCCCAAGCCAAUGACGAGGCCCAAGCCAAUGAAGAUGAUUGUUUUGCCAUGAAUCAGUUCUCAAAUGCCUUUUCUUUGCUCGAACUGGAUGUAGCAGAUGAUGAAGAACAGACGGGCAGUCUUUCUGCUGUUGAUCAUCGAGAAAGUGCCAAAGAAAGAGGCAAGGCUAAGAGAAAAGGUGGCAUCCCAGGAGAGAUGACCCUAUCAAAGAAUGAUAAUGGGAGUCAACAAAGUCUAGAAAUGGUUUCAGAAGUGUAUAAAUUUCCACUGGCAUGGAUUGACUUGGAAAUGACUGGCCUGGAUGUUGAAGUUGAUAGAAUAUUGGAAAUUGCCUGUGUAAUUACGGAUGGCAAUUUGACCAAGGCAGUUGAGGGUCCUGACUUGGUUAUCCAUCAAAGUAAGGAGUGUCUGGAUAGAAUGGGAGAAUGGUGUGAGAGUCAUCAUGGAGCAAGUGGGUUGACAGAAAAGGUGCUCCAAAGUACAAUCACUGAGCGGGAAGCUGAAAAGCAGGUUAUUGAAUUCGUAAAGAGAUAUGGGAGGACACAUACUCCUCUUCUUGCAGGCAAUUCAGUUUAUAUGGAUCUUCGAUUUCUAAAGAAGUAUAUGCCAGAUUUAGCUGCUCUUUUCUCACAUGUGCUAGUUGAUGUUAGCAGUAUUAAGGCUCUAUGCAUCCGUUGGUAUCCAAGAGAUAAGAAAAAGGCUCCUUCGAAGGAAAACAAGCACAGAGCCAUGGACGACAUCAAGGAGAGUAUAGCAGAACUUAAGUUCUACAAGGAGAAUAUAUUCAAAUCUAAGCCUAGGAGGUGAUUGCAAAAGAAGAAGUAAUCAACGAUCUCAGGUUCAAGAGACUUUUCAUUUUUGAGCAGCUGUAUCUACAAUCAAUGUAGUUAAUUGGUUGCUUGUAAACUUGAAUGGGAUUUUCUUCUCUCUAUGCAGUGCAAAAUGGUGCUGACCAUGCGCCAAGACUUAAAUGGGGUUUUCCUGUUAAUUUUCAUUAUCAUGAUUCAAAAAAAAAAAAAACUCAGUAUGUUGCUCAGUUCUUAAGAGAUGUCGAAGAUCUGGUGCGGCGUUUAGUUUGGAAAGAAAUGUGACCAGAGUGCAAUUUUUUUUUUUUUUUUUUUUUUUUUUU